AAAAUAACCAUAAUCACAAACAUUAUUUCACAAAUACCCUCGUCAGCUUCGGGUUCCCAAUUAAUUAAUCAAAAGUACAGCAGCAGCAGCAGCGGCAGCAUCAGCAGUUCCCCAUUCCCUCAUAUAAGAACCCUAGCAGCAUAUCUCUAUCGGUCGAUCAACAUUAAUUCCCCCUCUAUAUCGUCCACGUAAUUCUCCGAUUUCUGAUGAAAAAUGAUGAACGCCGGGGGCUUUUGCAAUUAAUUAAAUUCACCAAGAUUUCUUAUUUCUGAUUUAUUAUUAUUAAUUAUUUGUUAGUUAGUUCUUUUCUUCUGGGCCUAUAAGAACCAGAUCGUUGAUUGAAUUCUGAAUUGGGGCUUACCCCUCGUUUUGUUGGGUUGACCAAGGCAGGCAGUGGGGGCUUCCAGAAGCCAAAACCUGAGGUCAAGGUGUGCAUUGCUUUGGUGCUCUGCUCUGGAAAUAAUUAUUAUUAAAACAGAGAGUUCGCUAUGUGGGCGUUGAAUCACGAUAGGAUCAAUCUGAUCAACUGUUUCUUUCAUUUCUCUGAAUGGCAUCCUUUGGAAUAGCAUAGCUGGUUGGGCCUUUGAAGCCCAGUUGGCAGUUCACCUGACAAAAAAAGGUUUUGGAUCGAUAUUUUAAAUUUUGGGUCUGUUUUGCACAAAGGUUUUCGUAUUGUAGUAUUUGUCAAGAGAAAUUCGUUUGAAAGUGUGACAGAAAUGGGCUGCUGUGGGUGUUUUGGGUUCUCAUUCAUGAGGAAGCCCAAGAAGGUGAUGAUGCCCGGCAGGGGUUUGGGUAAUCACGCCUCACAGGAGUCCUUGUUGGCUGAGGCUGUGGAAGAUGAGGAAGGACCUUUUUAUAAUGGGGAUGAUUGUGAAUUCCGAAGCCCGAUUAAACGUUCAGAGGAGAUUCUCAUGUACAGGAUGCAGCAUGGAUUAAUUUGCAGGGAAUAUCCUGUUAAGGAAACACAUAAUCUGAUUCGCUCCGAGGUAAAUUGCAGAAUAAAUGUUGUUUUAUCUUUACAUCACUAUCACCUGGAAAUUUUUUCUCAUGAGAAGUAUACACCCCUCCUCAAUCAAGGAAAAAAGAGAAAAAAAAUAAAAAAAAUAACUAGUAAAGCGAUCAAUCAAAUGCUCAAGUACAUAUAUACUUUUAGAAUCCUGUACUUUUGUUUAUUCUUAUUUGUGAUUAAAAAUAUAUACUCUGUACCCUUAUUUGGUCGAACACGAGUUGUUAUGUACGAAGAAGCAAGAAAGAAAGCCGGACCAACUCUCUCGUUAGAAUGUCCUCAUCCAGAUCAGGUCAUAACUUCUAUCAAGUUCGCAAGCUUUGGCACUCCUCAGGGAACAUGUGGAAGUUUUAGCCACGGCCAAUGCAGCAGCAAACAGGCUCUUCCUGCCAUACAAAAGGCUUGCAUUGGAUCAAGAAGCUGCCGCAUUGGAGUCUCAAUCAAUAAGUUUGGUGAUCCAUGUAAAGGGGUUACAAAGAGUUUAGCUGUAGAAGCUUCUUGUUCAUGCAUUGUUUCUGCAAUUAAACAGAAUAUUGUGCAUGGGGAUAUCAAGCCUGAUAAUCUUUUAGUUACUGGUAAUGGCACAGUUAAGAUUGGUGAUUUCAGUGUUAGCCAGGUUUUUGAGGAUGGUAACGACGAACUUCGUCGUUCUCCUGGAACUCCUGUAUUUACCGCACCUGAGUGCUGUUUAGGUCUGACCUACCAUGGCAAAGCUGCUGACACAUGGGCAGUUGGAGUUACAUUGUACUGUAUGGUUCUUGGGAAGUACCCAUUUCUUGGAGAGACUCUACAGGAUACAUAUGACAAGAUAGUUAAUAACCCACUGUUGCUCCCUGACGAGAUGAACCCUCUAUUGAAGAAUCUAAUUGAGGGGCUUCUCUGCAAAGAUCCAUUACUAAGGAUGACGCUUGAGGAUGUUGCACAGCAUUCCUGGGUCAUUGGAGAAGAAGGACCCAUACCUCAGUUCUUGUGUUGGUGCAAGCGUGUCAAACUGCACGGGGCUGAAUCUGGUGGGACCGGAACAGAUAAUCUUGCGUACAAUAACUAACAGAAAUAAUGUACUUGUUUGAGAUUGUUUUUGUGUAUAGCGCAAAAUAGAAUAUCCUACUUGGAGUAAUGAAAACAUAUAUGGUGUACGGUAACUAUUAAGCUAGGUGAGGGCUAUUAGAAUCGAAGAGAUGAGAAAUUGGGUGGUUUCUGUUAAAGAUUAAUUGUUGGAUUUUCACACUAUUAAGAGGAAUUCUUGAAACUUCUAGCUGCUUCAUUUUGGUAA